GGAGCAGCAGGCGCCGCCAUGGCCGCCGCGCUCACCGACAUGGCCGACCUGGAGGAGCUCUCCCGCCUCAGCCCGCUGUCCCCCGGCAGCCCCGGGCCCGCGGCGCGCGGCCGGGCCGAGCCGCCGGAGGAAGAGGAGGAGGAGGACGACGAGGAGGCGGAGGCAGAGGCGGUGGCCGCGCUGCUGUUGAACGGCGGCGCGGGCGGCGGCGCGGGGGGCGGCGAGGCGGAGACCAUGUCGGAGCCGAGCCCCGAGAGCGCCAGCCAGGCGGGCGGGGACGAGGACGAGGACGAGGAGGACGACGAGGACGAGGGCAGCAGCAGCGGCGGCGCCGAGGAGGAGAGCAGCGCCGAGAGCUUGGUGGGCAGCAGCAGCGGCGGCUGCAGCGGCGACGAGACGCGCUCGCUGAGCCCGGGCGCGGCGAGCAGCAGCAGCGGCGAUGGGGACGGGAAGGAGGGCCUGGAGGAGCCCAAGGGACCGCGGGGCGGCCCGGGCGGCCCUGGCAGCGGCGGCGGUAGUAGCAGCAGUAGCGUGGUGUCGAGCGGCGGCGACGAGGGCUACGGCACCGGGGGAGGCGGGAGCAGCGCGACCUCCGGGGGCCGGCGGGGCAGCCUGGAGAUGUCGUCCGACGGGGAGCCGCUCAGCCGCAUGGACUCGGAGGACAGCAUAAGCAGUACUCUGAUGGACAUAGACAGCACAAUUUCCAGUGGACGUUCGACUCCAGCCAUGAUGAAUGGACAGGGGAGCGCCACUGCUUCAAGCAAACACAUUGCCUAUAACUGUUGUUGGGACCAGUGCCAGGCGUGCUUCAACUCCAGCCCGGACCUGGCAGACCACAUCCGCUCCAUACAUGUAGAUGGUCAGCGUGGAGGGGUAUUUGUUUGCUUGUGGAAAGGUUGUAAGGUGUAUAACACCCCAUCAACCAGUCAGAGUUGGUUACAGCGGCACAUGCUGACACACAGUGGAGACAAACCUUUCAAGUGUGUAGUCGGUGGCUGCAAUGCCAGCUUUGCUUCUCAGGGAGGGCUAGCUCGCCAUGUACCCACACACUUCAGUCAGCAGAAUUCCUCAAAAGUUUCUAGCCAGCCAAAGGCCAAAGAAGAAUCUCCUUCUAAAGCUGGAAUGAACAAGAGGAGGAAACUAAAGAACAAAAGACGGCGCUCAUUACCGCGACCACAUGAUUUCUUCGAUGCACAAACACUGGAUGCCAUAAGACAUCGAGCCAUAUGCUUUAACCUCUCUGCUCAUAUAGAAAGUUUAGGGAAGGGACACAGUGUUGUUUUUCAUAGUACUGUAAUAGCUAAGAGAAAGGAGGAAUCUGGAAAGAUAAAGCUUUUGCUCCAUUGGAUGCCCGAAGACAUUCUGCCAGAUGUAUGGGUGAAUGAAAGUGAACGACAUCAGUUAAAAACUAAAGUAGUUCAUUUGUCAAAGCUACCCAAAGAUACUGCCUUGCUAUUGGACCCAAACAUUUACAGAACAAUGCCGCAGAAGAGGUUGAAGAGAACUCUGAUAAGAAAAAUGUUCAAUUUGUAUUUAAGCAAACAGUGAACGACAUUUGCAAUCAACUAAAAAUUCGUCUAUCGAAUUAGGGCUGAGAAUUACUGUUAAAGAGUGUUGCCGUAUGUCUGAUGGCUCCCUUUUCAGGACUAGGGUCUCUCAUGGGGCACAGCAUGUUAAUAUUUACCUACAUAACUCUUGUCAAUGGUUUUUGAAAAAAACCUCAGUUUCAAAUUAUUUGAAUAAUCUCCAUAUUUUCAUUUAACCUCUGACUCUUUAAUUUUUUUUCCCUGAGGAAAGUGUUUUUGAGUUUUUUUUUUAAUAUUAAAAAAUUGUUUUUUUUUUUUUUUUUAAAUAUCUUCAGACUGAAUCUUUUUAUGCACCAAAGUUGGUUUUGAAAAGGAAAAUAAAAUCACUUUCUUGCUUGGCAGGCAAGAAGCCAUAUGGAAUUUUUUUAACUUUUACAGAAAUGUGUAACUUGUCAGUACUGUAUCAAACAAAUAUUGCAUAGAGAUAAUAGAGCGUUGCUUGUAAAUAAUUCAGCAGAUUUGUAAUAUAUUUUUCUAUUAUGAAAUGUACUGUAGAUGUUUUCUAGAGGCAUGAAAGUCAAUGUAUAUAUUAUGGUAGAAAUAAUAUUGAAGGAAAUGUAACUCACUAGUGCUGCCAGAGGGAUUGCUGACAAAGCACCUUUAGUGAGAGAUGUCUGCAGACGGAAGGGACUGUGUACUACUGUUAAUGUCUAAGAACAAAGCCUUGGGCAUCCUUCCAGAAAACCUUUGAGGGAGGACCUAGACCCAUACUAGAAGUUUAUGGCACUGCCCUCUGACAGUGACUGGAGUAGCUGUUCUUACUGUGGGAGCAUGGACUGUGAAGUAUGUGCUGAGCAGUCAGACUGCAGAAAGCACUCCUCACUCGGAGUUCUCACUCCCUACAGUGACAGGAACACCAGCAGUUUUUACUCUAAAGUUUUAAAAGAAUAGACAAAUAUAAAGUUAAUCCUUUGGUUCCAAAAUGGAAAAGGUUCCAUGAUGCAUAGCUCAUUUUCUCGGUUGUUUAAAAAAGACCACACGCACACAAGGUCCUAGAAGAAUGGGAGGCUGUAAUGGGGGGAAAGGUAGACAUGGAGCAGUCAUGGAGCCUGAGGGACAAGAGGGAGAAAGCACUGCGGAUGAGCUUGCUCUGGAACAGUCGUCUGAGAUGCUCUGUAGUAAAUGGGAGUCUAUUUUCAGAAGAAGAAAAAGCAGUGUGUUUUUACUAUUUUUUUCCUUUUGCUUAAGCACUUCAUCAUUUGUUUUAUUCUGUAUCUGCAAAGUACUCUGCAAUCUCCUUUGUUCCUUUAAAAUUUUGGUUUGUUAAAAUAUUGCCAAAUAGAGUGUUGGAGACAUAUAGUUUGUACCUGUAUUUUUAUUUUAUUGUCUUAUGUUCUUGUAAGUCAUUCUUAAUUGACCGAUGAUUGUAGACCUUGCUUGAGUAUUUUUUCUAAUAAAACAAAGCAAAUUACACUUA